CUCUUCUGCCCCACAGACUAACAGAUUCAACCACACACACACACACCCUGGCACAUACGUUCAAGUGUUUUUUUGCUCCAGUUGCCUUCUUUAAUGACUUCAACAUGGGCCUGCCAAUAUUUUUUAUUUUAGCAAUGGUUCUAAAUCUUGCUCACAGAGGGGACAUGCAAGAUUUGGAGACCAGAGACUUGGUUCUUGACCAAACAGUGACAGGGAUUUUGGGGGAGGAGGUCUACCUGCGUUGUCUGUACACUGGACAGAGUAACAUCUUGUACUCCUCCUGGAACCGUUUCGAUUCUACAAAGAAGGCAAAGAAAAUGGCAGGCUACAAAUCCAGUGCCAGUUUUUUCAACAGAGAAAACUUUGACAUCCCGGCAUCAAUUACAAACCUUACUGUAAAGAUAAAUGUGACAAGUUUUGAUCAAGAGGGAGAAUACACAUGCGUCUUCGACUCUGAAGAGGAUGAAACAAAGGACACCAUGUUUCUCAGUGUUAUUGCUCGGCCUGAUGUUGACAUAACUGUGAAAGAGGAAGUUGUGAAUAGGACCCUCUACCAUGCUGUCACUUGCUCUGCCUCCGGUGCCAAGCCUGAGGCUGUGAUUAGAUGGGAGAUCUCUGGUGCCCUUCCAAGAGACGACAUCUUCUCUGUGAACAUGAUUAAUCCAGUUCAUCCCAACGGCACAACCAGUUCAAUCAGUGUACUUCGCGUCCCCCUAAUUAUGAAUAAUGAGAGCACUGUUACCUGUGUGGUUGAGCAUCCAGCUUUUACUGAACCCAAAAGAGCCAACAUAGAGGUGGACACAUUUGUUUCUCCUGUUAUAAGCAUGGAGACCUUCCUAGUCCCAGAAGGAGGAGAAGACUUUCAAGAGGUCAUCUGUACAGCAACAGGAGGGAGGCCACAUCCAAAUAUCACGUGGAUACUGCCUGAAUUCAGAAACAUGCCACCUUUAGAGAGAAAUGUCUCCAAACCAGAUUCAGUUAUCAGUUCAUAUAGGUUCCCAUCAGAUCCUUAUGAAGGAGAAAAUAUAUUUUGUGUCUUUAGCUACAUGUUUCUCCCAUUCAUAAACAAAAGGAAAAUCACGUUGCCAAUUUACUAUCUUUCCUCACUUCAGCUGAAGGACCUUGAUUAUGCCAUUAACCGUGAGAAUCAGACUUCACUGGCACUUGUGGAGGGGGACACGGACAUUACAAUCAGGAUGGAUGUUUUGGGCAAUGUACCAAGUUAUAAAAUGAAAUGUUCCAGGGAAGGCCAACCUCUGCCUGAGGAUGUGGAUGUGGUUGGCAGUGAUCUCUUUAUCAGAGGACCCAUACAGCUGCACCUUGUCGGACAAUAUCUCUGUCAGGCCUCUUACCGUAGACAUCAGGCUUCCUUGCAGUUCACAAUCAAAGUAAAUCCAAAAGUCCUACUGCCAGUGACAUUUCCCCCAAAUAUCAGUGUGAAUUUAGUAAAGAAUUCAGACUAUGUUCACAUUGAGUGUUUGGCCUCCAAUGCUGUUCCCGCUGCAAAUGUGUCCUGGAUUCUUCCACAAGAGAUUAAUAGUACAAUUCAUUCUGAAGACACACACUAUAAUGGAUCUUGUUCUGUCAGAAGUGUGUUGACUGUGCCUAGAUGCAUGACCCAUAAAUAUGCAGUUGAGUGCGUAGUCGACCAUCCUGACUUCAUGGAAAAAGAAAGGCGGCAGAUUCCUCUUCCUGUGUGUGCACCACCGAAUAUAACCCUGCAGUCUGGUGUUGAAUGGGACAAUGGCAUUACAUACGCAUGGCUGGUGUGUUCAGUGCAGAGCCAGACCCCGGCAGCGGCCAUCACCUGGGCAGUAGAGCGCCAUGGCAUUGAUAUUAGCUCUAGUGAAUUUGUAAUGACUCAACCUGUGUUUCAUGAGAGUCAUAUGGUUGUUGCUCAAAGCACGGUGCGUAUUCCUAUUUACUCACAUGCCGGAUGCAGCGUGACCUGUGUGGUUGAGCAUCGAGGGUUAGAGAAACCAGAGAACAAAAGCAUUGUCCUCCCAUCCUUAGGGCCAUCUGCAAGCCUCGCAUUUCUGGGUGAAGAGAGAUACACUCAGAUUUGGCAUGCUGUGUGUGAGUUCAGCGGCGAUGGGGUGAAACCCAACAUCUCCUGGGUCCUUCCUGAUGAAGACACUGUAACUCAGGCGACUACUGAGGUCAAAUAUAAUGGAAUUAAAGUAGAAGUCAAUUCAACUCAUGAAUUUCAACUCAGUCAGUAUGAGGGGAAAGAUUUAAUAUGUCUGAUCCAGAACAAGCUCGGCAGGGAUGAGAGACGGACAAUACGAGUUCCAAAAUAUUCUAUCUCAUCUAUUGAGGUUUUAAACGAAACCACACUUGAUCGUAGAAGUCAUGGCCAGAAUGAGCAUCGUUUAGCAUUGCAAGAAAACCUCUCAAAUCAGAAGAUACUUCUCAGAGCCCAUGGCAAUGCUCCAUCAUACAAGACAAUAUGUUACAGGGAGGACGGGUCAGCAGCUGACACCGUGGGCAUGGCAUUGGUUUUUACAGAACCAGUGUCUGAACUGGAUGCAGGACUGUACAUAUGCCACGUCUCGUACCACCACCACAUGGCUAAAGUUUUCAUUCGGGUGGAUGUAACUAGUGAAGAGACUCAACACAUGAUAUUCAUCACUAUUUGCUUCUCGUCAGCCGCUGCAAUCACCCUCAUCCUGAUUAUCAUUUUGGUUGUCCUCUGCAAAAGUGGGAGAAGUCACUCAUCACAAAAGAAGAAAGACGGGAGAGAGCGUGAGUCUCUAGCUGCUCUAAUGCAGGACCCUCGCUGCCCAGACAAGACGGUGAUUCCAGGCACGGCUGGGCCGCACUAUGCUGAGCUUGUGCACUAUUCCAUUGUUUUUGAUGCUAAAAGCACCGUGUGACCUACCCGUUGAAUUUUAUGACCGUAAUAUAUACGUUUUUGCACAUACUUGUGGAGUUCAUCACAGCUUGAGUGCAUUAAAAGGGGGACAUGUUUAAGAAAUUAAUUCAUUUUCAGUCAGAUUGUUAUGCUGAUAAUGUAACUGGUAAUG